AUGGCAUCCGGAAGCGGUCAGCCUGCAAGCGAGGAGGACAUUCGGAGGCUUUUCAGUCAUUUUGCGCACCAGGAAGAUCGGGGCUGGAGACUCUCGCCAGCGGAGUUGGAGCAACUGCUGCAGGCAGUCGAAGCAGGGCUACUUCCGGAAGGUUUCGCGAAACGACUGUUCCAGGCAUGGGCACCUGGACUAGAUUCCUUGACGGAGGGGCGCUUCAUUGCCGGCUUCCAAGUAUACUUAGCUCAUAGAGAGCAGUGGUUUGAACAAUGGUGGCUGGCGAAGAGUGGAGGAACCUCUGCUAGACCACCGAGCCAUCGAUUGAUGAGUGAGCUACGAAAGGAUGAUGAAACGGUGGGCUUCGAUCAAUUCCGCGAAUUUUGUGGCAGCUUGGCUGAGGAAUCGAACUACGUGCCACCUCCUGCUUCAUUCCUGCGAUCAGUGUGGCAGGCCUGCAUUGACAAUGCAAAGAAGGAUCUUGGACAAACGUAUGCGGAUCGGCUUCCAGAUGCUGCGUACGAUGCACUGGUGGAUGCAUAUGCUAGCCACUGGCGCUUUUGGUUGGAGGACUGGAUAGCAGAGCGCGAGGUCUCGAGCAUGCCAGCAAAGCAGGAGGACAGUGAAGAGGUAAAAGCCGCCGUUACAGUCCAACGGCAUUUUCGUGCCUACAAAGCUCGCAGGAGGGUUGACAAGAAAAAGUCUGAGGUACUCCUCUCGGAUUUGGCUCAGACCAUGUCGAACAAGGCGGCAGCAGCAAAGCUUUUCGAAAGGUUUGACAGCGGGAGGAAGGACUUCUGGACAGCGGAGGACAUGGCACGCUUUUGUGCAGAACUUUGGCAACAACAAGACAACGCGCCGCCUCCUCCAGCAGCUUUUGGAGCAGAUGCAAUGAAGAAGGUGCGAGCACUUGCUGGAACUCGACCCAAGAAAGUGCUGGCGAAAAUGAGCGAAGAGGAGGAGGUAUUUCUCACUAGAGAAGAGUUCAGACGUGGUUUGUUGACAUGGAAUGACAGACGUCACCGACAGCUGAUGAAGUGGGAGCGUGCUCGGUACUGUGAGGUGUAUGCCUGUCCAUGUUGCCGGGGCCGCUUUCGUGUCGUCGCAGUUCCUGUUCCAUCUGAAGGCUACAGCCUCGAGAUCGCAAAAGUGAUAGAUGAAGGAAUGGCGCAAGGGGUCACUUCUCUGACCGGCGUGAAGGAUCCUCCGCGCUUCCAGCUGCCGGGCCGCUUUGCUGCUCCUGGCAGUGCAGCCAGGAAGCUUCCGCACCCGAGCGAGGUGGCAUUCCUGCACAGUGAAGUGUCCAAGGCGAUCGCAGCAGGUGCUGCCUUGUGUGAGCGGUGCCUAGACUCCGAGCGAGAAGCGCGAGCGGCCGCGAGCGGCUUCUACUCGAAGCGGCAGUUGCUGGAGCUAGUCGUGGUCCUGCUGCUUGCUCAAGGUGGCGAGCUGGAUGCUGCUCAGCUCUGGAUCCAAUCCGCAUCUCCUGGCUGUCCUGUGACAAGGUUUUCACCGCAAGAGCCAAGCCGCUGGCAGGAAUCGAUUGGCAAGGUUUCUGGAAAAGAGAUACCUCGGCUGCUGAUGGCCACUCCUCAGCUGUUCCAGGGCCUGGUCUUGGAGAGAAAGGCCUCGGCCAAAGAUGUGGACUUCGUUCUCAUGAGCUGCUCCCAGGAUGAGGUCCCUUUGCUGAAGGAGUGCGAGCUGGAGGACGCUCCUUUCACCAUCGAAAGCCCCAGGCCGCGGCUGGUUUGUCUCCUGGACUCCACGAGCCAAGCCCACGAGGCUUUGUUGCAACACCUGGAAGCCCUUGAGGAGGCGAAGAGGCACAUGUCCUCAGCCUUGAAGCAUUUAGAGGUGGCGCGAUCUCUCCAUGGCCAACCUGGCGGCUUCGCGCAGGCGUCUACAGCUUCGUGCCAUUGA